GGACGUGUCCCUUCUCCCAGACACCGGGAUGGAGAAGGCUUCUCGCCGCGGUUUCCAGAGGCGCAGGGAUGCUGUGGUGCAGCAUCGGGUGCUCUGGGGAAGAAGCCCUACAUCUGCUUCGAGUGCUUCGGCCGCAGCUCCGACCUGACCCGCCACCAGCGCAUCCACAGCGGGGAGAGGCCGCAUGUGUGUCCCGACUGCGGCAGGAGCUUCGGCCGCCGCUCCCACCUCAUCCAGCACCGGCCGUACCCGUGCCGGCACUGCGGGAGGAGCUUCAGGCAGAGCGCGCAGCUGGUCCAGCACCAGCGCAGCCACACCGGCGAGAGGCCUCACGUCUGUGCCAAGUGCGGCAGGAACUUCUACCAGAGCUCGGGGCUGCUCCGCCACGCCAGCUCCCACUCCGGAGAGAAGCCCCAGAGGUGCCCCCAGUGCGGGAAGGGCUUCGGCGACAGCUCCAACCUCACCGCCCGCCAGCGGCUCCACACCGGAGAGAAGCCCUACAGGUGUGACGACUGCAGCAAGUGCUUCAGGGAGAGCUCCAAGCUGCUCAUCCACCGGCGUGUCCACACCGGGGAGAAGCCCUACCUGUGCCCGGACUACGGGAAGGGUUUCAGCCAGGGCUUGCACCUUGUCCAGCACCAUCGCACCCACACUGGGGAGAAGCCCUACAAGUGUGCCGAGUGUGGGACCGGCUUCGGUGACAACUCCACCCUCAUCCGUCAUCGUUGGACCCACAGUGGGGAGAAACCGUUCCAGUGCUCCCACUGUGACAAGAGCUUCACUCGCCACUACUACCUACUCUCCCACCAGCAGGGGCACACGUGGUAGGCAGCAUCCCUAGGUGUGCUCUGGGUGUCAUCCAAGGUCAUCCUGGUCCAGGCCUGUCCAAAAUGUGCCUGAGGUAGAAGGGGGUGGACAAGGGUGUCACUACACCAGGUACAGAUGGACAAAGUAAUGCCUUUGGCCCACGUUGCCCUUUUCAGUCACCUCCUCCCAGCGCACCCUAGGCAUGGACAGAAAGAGUGCAGAGGUUGCAGUGGGUAGUUCUGUGUCCCAAGGCCGCAUCCUCCUCUUUCCCUGGUACUGGAAUCAGAUGCCACCUGCCACAUGGCCAAGGUGCAGAUGUUUUGUCACACCUCUGGGUGUCUGCCCCUUCACAACAGCUCUCAGAGCGUUUAUUUUCCUUCCUACAUGCUUUGUGAAGUGCUGUGUGUACUUAGCAGUGCUCUAUAAAUUAAAAGGGUUGACGUGCAUUUAUUUCUGAGGUCUUUAUUAACUUAUUCUAAACUAUGCCAAAUCACAGUGGCCUUAGGGUUCCCAGCUGUUCACUAGCAGCUAGGAUUGGACUGCUCACCAGUGUAAGCACAUUACUAGAGUUCCUUUCCACAUCCAUUGUUGGUUUUCCCUGUUCAGUGU